AUGAGAUCAGCCACUGCACAAGCACUCGUGACAAGACCAUCUGAACAAGACCUGAAAAAUGCCUUAUCCAAUAGUGUCACUACUGGGCACAACCACGUCUCCAACUCUACCCGAACAGAACAAUCCAGAGCCAAACCAUCCCCAGACACAUUUAAUAAUAGUUCUUUGCAUCAUCAUGGCCAUCAUCGAGAAAAUGCAGAUAAAUGUGAUGUUGUCGAGGGACCAUGGAACCUCAACAACCCAGUGAAAGCUUCACGAAGCCACCAGGAACUUCACAAAGAGUUGUUGCUGACCCACAAAAAAGGGCUGGUGGUGUGUUGUAAAUCAGAGCUUCAGGUGGUUCUAGAGAGGAGGAAGAGAGAACAGACUCAGAAAGAGGAGGGAGAGCAGAGCAGGAGUCCUCUGGAGCAAGUCCUUCUCAAACGCCAGCAGAAACAUCAGGAGAUGAUGAAGGAAGAGGAGCAGAAGGUACAGGAGGAGGUUCAGCUCAUGGAGUUUGUGCGAGUGAGACAGAACCUGAAGAAAGUCCAUUCUGCUCUGCAUAAGAACAUUCACCCCUGA